CUCCUGGAUUUCCUGAUCCCUGCCAAGCGCCUGUGUGAACAAGUGCGCGAAGCAGCCUGUGUAAGUCAGAGGGAUGUGGGACCAGGGGACAAGCUCUCCCAGAAGGCCAGGGGCUGGAGGUGAGCAGAGAAGGAGGUGGGCUGGUGAGUGUGUUGUUGAAGGGCAUGAACUGGGGACGUGGGAUGGCUUUCAGGUAUCAUUGCUUUCUCCAAAAAACACUUCAGCCCCACAAAUGGACAGGAAGGUCACUUGGCCCUUUACCCUCUGACAUCUAGGAGUCAAUCACGUUUGCACUUUGACUAACAGGGAGGGAGGCCAGCCUUGUGGGUUCUCUGGCCCCCCAGGAACUGGCAUUGUGGGCAUCAUCUGGCUGUCUUGGCUGAAGUGGUGCAGCUUCAAUGGAAAUAGUAGAGAAUGUCCUAGACCUUCCCUGGAGCCCUUGUGGCAUCAGGACUCUCACUUCUUCCCUGGAGACUCCUUCAACCCAGAUCUCAGGGAGGCCUCUCCUGAGGCAAAGGGGAAAGAAAAGUGUUUUAGGCAGGACUCACUUGCUGCAAACGACAGAUCCUUACUCAGACCAGGACAGGGUGAUCCGGACCAAGGCCCGAGAUGUUCCGCUGAUCAAACUCCUCCAGGACUCUUUCUGUCUCUUGUCUCUGCUUCUACUGCUUGCCAGAAUCAUUCUUACAGGCUAGGUGUUUCUCAAGGCUGGAGCCCAGGGCAGCACUAGGAUCAAAAUCCUACUCUGGAGAGGAAAAUGAACUCCUUCCCUUCAGCUGCAGAUAGAAAAAUCACAAGGAAGGAUCCUGAUUGGCCAGGCUCGGCUCCUGUGUCCCUGCUUGGACCAAUCACUGUGGCAAGAGGAAUGGGGUACCAGGAUUGGCCAGGCUUGGAUCCUGUGUCCAUGCUUGGACCAAUUAUUGCAGCCAGAGGAAUGGGAUACCAGGAUUGGCGAGGCUUGAGUCAUAUGCCUAUCUCUAAGCUCAGAGGGUGGAGACUGUUUUAAGAAAGGGUGGGGAGAGGCCUUUGGAGACCAAAGCCUCAGAUGCCCACUGCUAGAACUUACCCACACCCUUCACAGAGUUGCUGACUCUGCCCUACUCUUCUGCUAUUCAGUGCCCACCCCUACUGCCCCAGCGUCAAGAAUCGCUAACAGCAUCUUAGGUCCUACUAGCCUUUCCUGAGUUGCUCAUGCCUGUCGGGGACCUGGCACAUCAGGAGGACAGAUAAGCAGAGGGACCGUGUGCGUCAUUUUAGUAAUAGAAAGAAAUUGAAUGUAGCAGCUAAAAGUUCAGGCUUAGGAGCCAGAAUUAGAGAUGGUUGGAACUGGAAGGAAAUAGAUCAUUCAUUUAAGCUACUUAGCACAGAGCCUGACCCACAGAAAUAGCUCCAUACACAUUUGCUGUUCUUUUAGGAGAAGGAAGAGUCUCACUGAAACACUGCAGCCAAUUUCCACAUAUCCAUGUUGACAUCAUUUAAGCCAUAUCCUCUCCAUCCUUAUUUCUUCUCCCUGACAAGCUGUACAAAUGCCUGCUUCCUUUAUUUGGCCAUUAAAACUGCAUUUGCACUGUCUCUUUCCCCAUUUCUUCUAGGGACAAGGGUCACAACAUUUAGACUUCUUUAUUUCCAAUUAUCUUUAACUUUAAUCAUAAUUAUAGGUGAAUUCGUGUCGUCUCAGAGCAGGGGGUAGUAGCGUGGGAUUCAUGUAUGCCCUCAGGAGUCAGAUGCCCCAAGUUCAAAUCCAGGCUCCAUCACUAUGAAGUUGGGGGAUCUAUGUCACCUCUCUGAGCUUCAGUUUUCUUAUGUAGGAAGUGGGAAUGUUAAUAACACAGGAUGUAUGUACCUCACCGAGAUGAUACACACAGCUUAGCCCAGAGCCUGGCAUGAAGUAAUUGCUCAGUAGCUACUGGCUGUUACUUUCCCACUGUCUCCUUUCUCCCUCUGAAAUAAGAAUGUGCCAGCCUCAAAGUCUGCCUUUAUAACCACCAGCACCCAGACAGACAGCCACCAUCAAUGAGGUCUGGAGGGACUAAGGACAGAUACAGCCGACUCCAAACGUGAAAGUCUAGGCACAAGUCCUGCUUUCGCUACUUUUCAACUGUGUGACCAUGAGGCAAUUCUUUAGCCUCGGUUUCCUCAUCUGUAAAGUUGAGGAACUUUCCUGAACUGCCUGCACCACUGAGUUACUGAGAGUCAAGUAAGAUGAUCGUAACAGUCAUUUCUAUGGUGCUUUGCUAUUUGCAAAAUACCUCUGGACUGUUUCGUCUCGUUCACUGAGAAGGUGACGGAAAGGAUGUUGUAAACAGCAGAAGGCUAUGUGGAAAGCCUGGAGUAACACAGACUCGUGGGGUUUAUGGACAUGAAGCUUCUUGGAGACAGCCGAAUCUGCAGUGUAACUGAAAUGAACUGGUUUAUCAACAUGACCCCCUACUCACACCACCUCUUCCUGCAUGAAGGCUGGCCGCUGUGCCUGCGGGAUGAGGUUGUGGUCCACCUGGCAUCCCUCAACCCCCUCUUAUUGCGCCAAGGUGACUUCUACCUCCAAGUUGAGCCCCGGGAGGAGCAGUCCGUCUGCAUCAUGGUCAAGUGCCUCUCUGUGGACCUCCACACAGUGGACACGAAGCCUGUUCCUGAGUCAUCCUACCCUAUACUUUUCACCCAAGCCUGGCUGGAGGCCAUCAACAGUGACUUUGAGGGCAGUCCCCUACACAACUGCCUGGUAGCUUCAGAAGACGGGAUUGCCCCUGUGCCCUGGACCAAAAUAACCAGCCCAGAGUUUGUGGAUGACAGACCCCAAGCAGUAAAUGUCCUUUCCCCAGCGUGGAGAUCCCUUCAAUUAGAGGCACUGGAUUUGAACAGCCCCCAAGAGCUGCACCAGGCCAGGUCCGCAGGCAGCCAGGUGCUGCUUGCCCAGAGUUUGGCCAAGGGCAAGGGCAGGACACAUGGGGACAAGUAUCCAGGACUCAUCAAAGUGGAGCAAGCUGGGCCUGGGGAGGUGGGCUUCAGGAUGGACGAAGUGGCCAGCCAGGACUUGGAGGGAGAUUAUGUGGCUCUCCUGGACUUUUCCCAAGAGAACCAAGGAGGGUCUCCCAGUAAGGAGGUGGAGACAUCCAGUGGGUUUCCUUUUGGCGCACAGGAGGAGCUAUCUGGAACUAAGGAAAUCCCUUUCUCUCAAAGGAUACUGCCUCUCUCAGGGGCCAAUGGGGGGCCUUCCUUGGAAAAAUGGACUUGUGAGAAGCCAGCAAGUUCGGGGGAGAAACCCUGUGUUUGUGACUUGAGGAGAAAGGUUAAUCAUAAAGUUCCCACCCAAGACUCAGAGCACCAGCCCCAAGAGCCCUACCUCAGCGUCCUUGUAAACCCACUGCAUUGUGUCUCUGGCCUCGGGUCAGGUGUCUCAGAAGAGCCAGCUCCCUCCAAGACACAGGGACCUCUGGGAGACUCAGAGAAUAUAGUCCAGUUCAAUCCGGGACCAAAACAAGCAUCCUCUGCCCAGCUGCGCCCAGCUUCCCCUCCUGCUUCUCCAGCCCCUGCAACCAAGAUGGAAGAGAGGACCCAACAGGAAAAUGGGAGACUUCCCAAGCCUGUGACCAGGCCCUGUCAAAACACUUCCCCCACUCCUGGGCUCAAAUUCUCUUUCUUAAAGUGGCAGAGGCAAGGCCCUGUGACUCAGGAGAAAGCCUCGUUCCAGCAUGACGGGCCCUGGAAAGUCUUGUGUUCACUCUACUCUCCCAAACCCAACCGAGACAAGUGCUCAGGGAAAGCUGGAACAACUCAGACCAAAACAUCUGGCCCAGACGCUGACUCAGACCCACUGACCGAGGAAAAGGCUGGCUUCCCAGAAGCUUCUGAAGGCCCUCCAGAAAAAGGCCCCACUCUGAAUGAGGAGCCCCCAGGGCCUGAGCCCAGCUUUGGGGCUCUGAGCAUGGAGAUCUUCCAUUCCAGGAUAGCAUGCCUGCCAGGAGGUCGAGACAGGGCAGGGCGGCCCCUGCUUCUGGUGUCAACCACCAAGGGGCCCUGGGAGGCACCAUGGUGCACGGCCUCAGAGGUCACCAAGCUGUUCUCCUACCUGUGCACCAUCCCCAGGCCUGAAGAUAAAACCGAGGGGCUGGCGGUCGUGAUUGAUGCCAGGAAACAGCCCCCACAUCCUGGUCUGGUCAGUGCCUUGCAGGCCACCCAGACUCUGGUCCCAACCUCCAUCCGUGCUGUGCUCUUCCUGGGGGAGCAGGAGGCCGCUCUCCAGCUGGAGGCAUCUGACAUCCAGGUAGAGGUGCUGACCUCACUGAAGGCCCUCAGCCGCCACGUGGACCCCAGCCAGCUGCCCAUGGCCCUGGAAGGCCCCUUCCCCUACUGCCACGGUGAAUGGGUGCAAUUCUUCCAGAAGCUGGACCCUUUCCUUGCUGACCUCCGCCAGGCCUCCUCGCUGCUAAAGGCUUCCAUCAAGGAGUUUGAGAAGGGUGACCCCCCUGGAGGGGUGCAGGAGGCCUCCAGGUGUCUGAGCAAGUCCAAGGAGCUGAUGGAGGCUGUGCUGAGGGACCCAGGCCUGUUGGGCCUCCAGCGGGAAGGCGGAGCCACCCUGGCCAGGCUGCGACAGGAAGGCAGCAGGCUGAACUUCAACCCAGACAUCAGGAGCCAUCUGGCCGAAGCUGCUGCCCUGUACAGCCUCGUGGAUGAACAGCUGCAUGUCCUCGUCACUGUGUCCAACCACCUCCUGAGGAGGCUGGAGCUCCGCGUCCGCCUGGGCCGCCUGGAAGCUGCCAUCCACCAGGUCAGCAACUGGAUGGAGCAGGAAGGAAGCCAGUGCCUGCAAGUGCUAACCCCCAAGGACGGAAGCUUGGAGACAGUGGAGAAAGCCCACACGGAGUUUGAGGACUUCUUCCUUCAGGCUGCGGCCCAGUACCGCCGUGGCCUGGAGCUGUGCAAGCAGGCGGCCCAGCUGGGAGCUGCAGCCAGGGCCAGGGAGGCGGGAGGAACAGAGCUCCCGGAGCUGGCAGGCUUCACCUUCACCCAGCGGGCCUUCCAGGCUAAGCUGACCCACUUCUACAUGGCAGCCGAGCGGCAACGCACAGACCUGGAGACGCUGCUCCACCUCCACCACUUCUGCAAGAAGAUGACCUGGUUCCACAUGGACUGCCAGGACCUGAUGGCCCAACUCAGGCUGGGCAAGGGCCAAAGGGCCGGCCCUGGGGACCAGCGCCGCCUCCACCGCUACCUGCAGCGCCUGGCGUCCGAGUUCCCUGCCGAGAAGCUCACGGCCAUGCGGCUGCAGGUGGCCUCUCUAGGCUGGGAGGGCCUGGGCCAGGACCUGUGGGAGGAGGCCCAGGAGAGGCACGAGGAGAUCCAAACCCUCCUGAAGAAGGCACUGGCCCACUGUCCAUGCCCGGCAGGUCCCCCUUCCCACCUGGCGGGCCUGGAACUCAGAGGGGCGGCCGCCAAGGGCCAGGGCCUGAAUGGAGAAGUCACUUACAAGGGAAGAUGGGACCUGCCCCUCCAGGACUCACUGGGUCUGGAUCGUUCGCCAAAAUCCUGUUGGCCUCCUUGGGCCCCCAGACGUAUACAGAACAGAAAUUUCCAAGCAGCCCCUCCACCCCAGGAAGCUGGGCAGUCUGUUGAAGCUGAUGACGGCAGAAGCCCGCAUGGGCCCCUGGAUCCUGCCCCUGAGCGUUUUCUCACCACCUUCCUCUCCUGGCAGCGGCUCCCCAGGCAGAGUCAGAUCCCCCGGCCCACUGGGGGCAGCUUCUCCUCGGAGGGGACAGACUCACAGACGUCUCUGGAGGACUCACCCCACACAAGUCCCCCUGCAUCCCUCUAGCUGGGAGUUCCCGUCAAUCACACCAGGCUCCGGCAGGGAUGGGUAUGGUUCGGGUGGGGCCCAGCUAAAGACAGAGCUAGGGAGCCCUGGACCAUCCGUCAGGAUGUGGCUACUGAGUUUGGCCCGUGCUCGGUAGACAAGAAAUCACGCCUGCUCCCGGCCCCAGGAAGCUCUGGGAAGACGCGACUCGUACACAUUCAGAAUAGUGAGAGUGGAGGGCAGGGCAGGACGCGGAAGAGCAUGAGAUUGGCUCCAAAACCCUGGAGUCUCAUCGUGGAAAGAGCUGUUGGUACAGAUCCUUCCAGAGAUCUCCGACUUAGGCAGAACCCCACCUGGGGUUCAGGGGUAUGUAAACUUCCCCUUGGGGCACAAGGGGCAAAGUUGCCCUCAUAACAGAACCCAGGGUGGGGAGAUUGGGGGAGUGGCUUCUUGUCUUAGGGUCCUACGAAACAGACCACACAAGGAUUCGAGUGCGCAUUUAUUUGGCGGAGGAGCAGGGGAGCGAGUCUGGGAACGGAAUAAAGGGGGUGCUGUCAAGUGAAUUACCACAUGUAAUUUAUCCACUGACGCCACUGGCCUCGGACAAAGAGAAUCACCUGCUGGAGGCCAGUCAGUGUGCAAGGAAGGGGUAAGGGGGGGGACUGUCUGCUGCACCUCUGCUCUGUCACUUGGCUUCUCCAACAGACAUGAGCAUCAGUUUCAAGUUCAAGGAACCCCAGAGAGGACCACCUCCCUCUCCCAUGAUCUCUGCCUUCUUCCCCUCCCCACCACAGCUCCUCAGACCCACCCCGAAGCCCGACCUCUCUUUAGGCACAGCCUCUGGUGCCUGGCGUCACCGGGUUCUGCUAUGGUUGGGGCUGGAGGGUAGGGAGCCUUGUCCCCAUCCAGCAGGUGGUGCGGGAGGACAGUGGGAAGAGGCUUGAGAUGCUCUGAUUUCAGAUAGAGCAUCUAGAAGACAGCCCAGAGUGACCAUGGCUAGCGCCUCCCCUGAAUGUCAUUAUCCUGAGAAUGUGCGCCCAUCUCUGCCCUAGCGUGCAUCACCAAGAUGGCCUCUGGUAGCCCAGCUCUGGAAUUUUCCUGGCUCCAGGAAGAGGGUAGGGUGUACAUCCUCCCACAAGAUGAGGCUGUGGAAGGAGAGGGAAGCAGGACCGGAGCGGGCCUGGGAGGACAAACAGGGUUUCUCAAGGGUAAUCUCGGGCUUCCCUGGUGGCGCAGUGGUUAAGCAU